GCAGAUCCCUUUCCCUGCACUGUCUGCUCAUGAUAUGGUUUACCUUGUAUAUGGCUUAAAAAGUCCCAAACAGAAGCCAAAAAUCAUUGAAUACAGAGAUUACAAAAACAUCAACUACCAUGAGUUAUUCAAUGAGGGGAUGACAUUGAACUGGCAAACCAUUUACGCAACUAAUGAUGUUAAUUACAUGGUGAAUGAGUUGCAUAAUGGUGUAUCCUAUUUAUUCAAUAAGUAUAUUCCACUUGUGCAGCGCAGAGUGACAAGGGAUCCUGCUCCAUGGAUUUCAAGAGAAAUACGUCGGAUGAUGGCCGAGCGCGAUCGGUGUAGUAGAGUUGCACGACGCACAAAGAGCUCUGUGGAUUUCAAUAGCUACAAGCGAAUGAGAAAUUUGUGCAAGCAGACCAUCAGAAACGCCAAAUCCAGAUAUUUCCAAAAUCUGAUCUCCUCUGCUGGUUCAUCUGCUUGUAAGUGGCGUAGACUGAGGUCUCACUGGACGAUCUCAACAACUUUUUUACUGACAUACCUGUUGGCUUGGAUCGUGCCCAUGACUACAUCAACUCUUUGCCAGCUCAAGUAACUGGAGAGCCAUUCUACUUUUCAUGUGUCUCAGCAAGUGACGUUUUGGCCGCUAUACUGAAAAUAAAGAGCAAUGCUAUUGGGGCUGAUGAUCUACCAUUGAAAUUCAUAAAAAUUAUGCUUCCCCUGAUACUUCCCUUCAUCACCCACAUCAUAAAUACAUCUCUCAUGACUUCCGUUUUUCCUGAAAAUUGGAAGUCAUCUAUAGUCAUACCCUUAAACAAAACUCCCAACCCGUCCUCCCUUUCAGACUACAGACCCAUCAGCUUACUAUCUGUGCUCUCCAAAGUA